UUGACAGGAAGCAGAAUGUUCAUUUCUUUAUUGUUUGUGCGCUCCUGGGGGUCAUGAUGCUGCCGUCAAACAGGAUAUGAUGAUCGCCUACACGUCUGCAAGCUCGCUUUUUGGUAAACAUCCGCGUCCAACACUGACUCAAUAUUGACCUAAGAGGAGGAGCACUCACUAACAUCAUCUUUAUUUGCAUAAGCAAAUGUCCCAGAUAGUAUACACGCAAAUAACUCUAGUAGUGAAUGGAUUUGGGAAAGUAUAGCACUUAGUGUAACUUUUUCUAUAGUAUGUACAUAUACAAAUAAAUGUGAGGUUACCCAUUUUAAUGCAUAUUAUUGUGUAUAUUAUUAUUGUAUAUUAUUGUGGGCUUUUAUUGUGAAAAUCCCUACCAGAAGUGCUAGUCAACAGAGGAGUACGAGGGGGACGGGGAGGGGCGGACCAAUGACAGUGAAGGUGUCCGCAGGUAAGGCGAAGCUCCCAGGUGAUCGGAUCGGGAAGUGAAGUCCAGUCGAGCUCGUUCCAAACUGAUAAUUGUUCUUCAUCUUGAGCUUUUGUCUUUUGUUCCACGUUCGAAACUCGAAUGAAACUUCGUCUAUAGUCUGUGUGACGCGUGUACGCGCGCAACAGCGACAGCAGGCUCGCUCCGAAGCCCCGCCAUGAGUUCGGAGACGCUAAGGCCGGCCUCGGGAGGCCGCAAGCCGCUGGGCAAGCUGGCGGCCCGGCUGGAGGAGGUGAAGAGCCCGUGGAGGCAGGUGGCCUCGCUGGAGCUGAGCCACAACGAGGCAGCCCGGUUGGCCACCGACGCGCUGCUCGAGCACGGAGAGAAGGAGUACCGCCGCGUUCUGACCGAGGAGAGAGAGCUUAGCUUCCUGUCCGAACCGGAGAUCCAGUACAUCACCCGGCACGCCGUCAAGACGGGCGACCCGGACAGCAACGGGAUCGGGCCGGCAGAUCGCGACGUCGGCGGGGACGGGGGCGACGUCGCGUCCGAGCUCACAUCCGGCACUUACUUCCCCAUGAUGUCCGACGAGGAGCCGCCGGUGCUGGAGCUCGGUUGGCCGGACGCCCCGGUCCGGUACGGGCCGUCCGAGACCCAGAUCUACUUCCAGAGAGACAAGUCGGUCAACGUCAAGGACCGGAUCCGCUCCCUCAUCAACAAGGCAAAGAAGGUUAUAGCACUGGUCAUCGAUGAGUUCACGGACGUCGACUUGUUGUGUGACCUGAUGGAGGCGUCCAACAAGCGCAAAGUUCCUGUCUACAUCCUCCUGGACCACAAGAACCUGGAGCUCUUCACGGACAUGUGCUCGUCUCUGGACGUCCAGAACAUUCACUUGAGCAACAUGCGCAUCCGCAGCGUGUGCGGCGACAUGUACUGCACCAAGAGCGGCAGGAAGUUCAGCGGACAAGUCCUGGAAAAGUUCAUGAUCAUCGACUGCGAGGAGGUCAUCGCCGGAUCCUACAGCUUCACCUGGUUGUCUGCGCAGGUGCACAGCAACAUGGUCAUGCACUUCUCAGGACGCAUCACAGAGAGUUUCGACCGGGAGUUCCGGUGCCUGUACGCCGACUCGCAGAUCAUCGACUGUUUCUAUAACGAGGAGGAGGAGGGGCUUCCGUACUUCCCGCCCUACCAAGCCCCCUUGAUGGUCAUGGGGCACGGUCCGUUCCUGAAGGCCAAUCUACUGUCAGACAGGCAAAGAACGAGUUCAGACAACUCCAGCAGCCAAUCAAGUAAUAGCAUAUCAAGUGUGAAAGCGGCACCCGGACUGACCUCCAACACAGUUUACAAGGUCACUCAAGGGCAUGACAAAUUGGAGCCGCCCAACUCUCACCUGAGCCUUGAGAGGCGAACUGGGGAGCGCCGAGUCCAAAACCUGGUGCCUCAGAAUAUCUCUCCAUCACCACGAGUGUCCUCCAAUGGCGGGACCAAUCAGAGUCCGCUUCUGGAGCACCAUUCCCCGGCCUACGGUCUGGACUGGACCAAAGCCAACCUGGCGGACGUCAGGUGGUCACAUUUGGGCGGUCCCACCUCUAAGUUCCAGGCGUUAGGACUGUACGACCACAAACCGAGCAUGUUCCACACUGGCACCACCCCUCCACGACUGAACCAAACCAGGACUCCCCCGCUGCUCAGCGAGACCAAACUGGGCGCCAAGCAGAGGAGCUCAUCUAGCCAGUUCCUCAACAAACUAUCUGACUUCUUCUUGCCGCCUUCCGGCAAAGACAAGGACCUCUACAACUUCCGAAGUUCACCGUCACCUCUCGGAAACGUGGCAUGGGGAGGUCCUGACCUCUCCCAAACAGAACCGGAGAGCCAGCAGGCGCCACCCCCUCCGCCACCUCCUCCGCCACCGCCGCCUGUGUCACAGCUUACCAGGCAGGACCAGAAGCGUAUGACACUCGGUCACAGCAAGCUGGACCUGGUGAACCAGUACAACAAGAUGAAGUCCAAACAAGUCUACAGUCGCUUCGAGCUCAAGAGCUCCAACUGAGUUGCGUGGAGUCCAACAACAACACCGACAAUACCCAACGUGAAGGUUGGGGGCGUCAACUUGUUGACUUGUGGAGAUGUCACGUCUGUCUAAAAGUUAGCGGCAGCGCUGCAGGACCUUGUACUUGCUUUUCUUUGACCGAUCUUUUUAUUUCAUAUCCAGGCGGUCCUCGCUUUACCACGUUCUGUGUUUACAGCGCACUCCCAUAAGUUAUUAUUCAUUCAUUCAUUUUCUAUGCCGCUUGUCCUCAUUAGGGUUGCGGGGGUAUGCUGAAGCCUAUCCCAGCUAACUUUGGGGGAGAGGCGGUGGGCACACAUCAACAAUCAACCAUUCACACUCUCAUUCAUAACCAUGGAUGUAGAGUCGCCAGUUAACCGAACAAGGAAGCCGGAGUACCUGGAGAAAACCACAUAACUUAGUAAUACUGUGCAAAAAGUUGCAUGCACACGGCAGAUUUGAGGAAGGACAACCUCAGUUUUGUUUGUUUUCCUUACCUUUUUGCCCUUCAUUGUGUCACCCAAACGUAAGACAGAGAAUUAUGAUGACAGUGCAUCAAAGAAAAGGAAAGCUAUGGCCACAGAAGUGAAAUGAGACAUUGUAAAAUAAUCAAAGGGAGAAAUGCGACCAUCAAGAAGGAUAAAAAUGGUAUCUUUCAACAUGUCAAACCAUCUGCUCCGAGGCGCUCAUAUCGUCUAUUAAGCCUCUUGUUCCUUUUUGUAGAAAUAGUCAUCAUUUUCUUCACUAUUGAUUACAAGUCCAAACUAAAGUUUCUUCUGGAAGAAACUGGAAGUUUUCUCUAAGAAGGGGAAUCAAAUCGGAGAGCAAAGUCCCAGAGAUUAACUAAGUCUCGGCUGAGUCCUCUCGAAACGUUUUUGGCAGGUAUAAAUUUGUGUAAAAAAAGUGUUACAGGUCAAAUAAAAUUCAAAGUCCAAAAUGAGGCACUGGAGGAAAGUUCCACGUAGAAUCCAAAAAGUUUAUUCCAAAGCCGUGUUGUAGAGCAAGACAACUGAAUUUUUCGAGAGAAACAUCACCUUUUAUACCCUCUUGCUUAGAAAAAAAAAAAGUUGCGCGCUAAGGAGGAGCUGUCUUUUUUUAGCUGUUCUGAUUGUUCAUAAUUAUCUGAUGUCACAUUAAAUAUUUUUUAUUCAAACACAAUCCUUAUAUAGUUAAAGGCUAGGUAUGGCCUUCUGAGUGUGACCAUCAAAUGUUGCGAAGUGUGGGCUCAGCUUCUCCUGAUUGGUUAAAAGGAGCCUGUUGUGUGUACAAGGUACAGUACUGCUGUCAUCCUAGAGCUCCCUGCUAAGACGCAUACACACUUCUGAGUGGCCCAGAGAACCUCACUCAGGAAAAGUCCCACCAUUAUAACGGGAUAUUCUUCAGGUAAUAGCCAUAUACUGUACUGUAUGUUCAGUGCUUUCUCGUACACCUAUGCACAGUGGUGGCCUCUGCUGCACAAAAAGGGGUACUGAGUUACUAAGGGGUCAUAGUAAGGUCAACACUCCAAUCACAAAGGUUACUUGGGAUCAUAAUCUAAUUAUUUUAUCUACUGGAAUCUAAAGUUUUAACAUACAUUAUUUCAUGUGGUUAUAAUGCAGAUAUUUUAAAGGAUUAAAAAAGGUUUCUUUUGCCCUAAAAAAAAUGACCGAUAAAAGGAGUUAUUCCUCCUUUUAUUACUAUUUCAUGUCAUUCUUGUGUUUGAAUUGUUUUAUUGCUGUUAUUUGAUAUGUCCAAUAUGUGUUGUGUACGGUGUGAGCGACUCAGGAGUUAAUUUAGCCGUCAUUUACGUAGAAGUAUCCACUUACACUAAAAUGGAACUCGUUCACAGACCGAGGACCUCCUGCACUUCAAAGGAAAGGCACAGUCCUCCUCCCAGGCUGAGCCACACUGACAAUCCAUGUUUUCUUCCCAGAGUUCGUAUGGAAUGGACAACAUAAUCUGCCUCACUUCGCCCUCAGCGGAGAUAAUCGUGUGCAGCAGUGACGCUGAUUAAACAUACUGGAUAUUCCGCACGUGCUGUAUAUAAAAGUUGUAAAGGAAAAUGUGAGCUUCAUUUAUACGACAAGCAGAUUGAAAUAAAACUGACUCUUUCUACGUACUCUGAAAUAAGAAAUACACACCAUUGUUG